AAAACUCCCCGGAAUGCAUCCAAGUAUCUGCACCGUGAACUUCUUUCCCCAUCGCACUAGUCGAUUCUGACAGAAAUGGAGGCGUGCUGGAAAAAAACGCAAUUGACCUCUUGGCACCGCACCUAAAUCGAAUCAAAAAUUCCUUUGGAGCCCCGCAAUUAUGCCGAUAGGAAUGUGUGUACACACAGCACAGCCUCACAAACUCGUGUAGUGUGUGCACUGAAAAGUAUACCUUGUUCCUCCGUGUGUACACAUGUCUAUUCCUGCCCCUUCCCUGGAGCUGUUGUUUGGGUACAACAGGCAAAGUGUCUACAUGCAUGUAGCGGGAAGGAGAGAGUGCGAAAAAUUGCUGUACAUGCCCACGCACAUUCUGUUCCUUUUUUAAAAGCUCGUCAUAAAUGAAAUCAUAGAUAAAAUGUCACUACCCAUUCGAUAUUGAAGUCGGGAUAUAGGGAAUAUUUUUGCAUUUGGAAAAGUUAACUUUCCUUAGAUUCUCUCAUGUGGAGCGCUGUUGUCCAGAUCCAGAUCCAGUCACGCCUUCUGCUCAGUCCGCGCAGCAGAAUUUGCGCACUCCCGUCGUCUCAUGUGAAAGGUUCACCUCCACCACACCCUCUUGACGGUCCAAAGGUAUGGGCGUGCAGUUGCGCCAGAGAACAUAUUCGAGCUGGUUUGCCUACACCACAGUUUAAGGAUGCAUGUGCAGGGUGUGAGCGGGUCAAUGUGUUGUUGCCGGUGCCAAACCUGGAACACAACUACUGAGCGCCACACACCUCAGAAGAAAUCAGCAGGAUGUUGAUCCGGUGGAAGAGCAAAGACAAGAGCGCCUCCUCCAACCAGAGCGCCUGCGGCAGCAGCAGCUCCUCCUCGAAGAAGAAACGCAAGGGACGCGAGGGCGAAGAAGAUUGGCAAAAUGACGCCAAGUCGGGACGCCUUCCUCCAAAUGAACAAGUUGGCGAAGAGAGACGCAGAGCCAUGCGACGCGACGAUCCGCGUCGCCACACGCUCGGAGGCGAUAUAUUGGUCUACGGCGGCUCUCAGCACCCUCACGCCCAUCAGGUGGCGCCCCAGCAACAGCGCGCCAUGGACUUGGAGAUGAGUACGCGCGCCCAAAAGAACAAAAAGAACCAGCCGAUGAGGGGAUAUGCGCCCGUUAAUCAGGGCCCACUGUUCGAUGACGAUCCGGGCAUCAUGUCAGAAGUAGAAACGGCUAGCACCGGAUUCCGGAGGGGCGGCAAGCAGCGCUCCUCGCUCCCCGUAGUACGCACGCCAUCCAAAACGCUGGAGCGGCCGCUGGGACUGGUCUUUCUACAGUACCGCUCGGAGACGAAGCGCGCCCUGCUGCCCAACGAGAUCACAUCGAUCGACACGGUGCGCGCCCUGUUUGUGCGCUCGUUUCCGCGCCAGUUGACCAUGUCGUACUUGGAGGGGCCCAACGUGAAGAUCUACAUCCACGACGCCAGUAAGGACAUGUUCUACGAGCUGGAGGACGUGCGUUCGCAUCUGCGAGAGAUCCGCGACCGCUCUGUGCUUCGUCUCUUCGAGUCAACCGAGGUGGCGGCCCCGCCCCAGAUCCUGCCCGGCGGGCCUGGCAUCCCGCAGCCCCUGCCCCCGGCACAGGCUAACUGGGACCAGGAUCAGAGCUAUUUCAGCGAGCCGGAGUUCGACUCGGACUACAAGCAUCAGCACAUCCACAAAUCAAAGAUUGGCAAACAGCCGGCACCCUACUACGUGGGAUCGUCGCAGACCUUGCCCCGCGGCAUGUACUCUUCAGAACGAAAUAAGGUGUCGAUGGACGGCUACACCAGUUCUCCAGAGCGCGGCAGCCGCGGCAACUACGAGGAGCCGUACUACAGCCAGUACGGCACAAGGGGCACUGUCGUGGCCCCCAUCAUCGACGAGGAGCAGAGCGACGGAACCAUGACCGAGGAUCAGUACGCCUUGUACGGCAUUAAGGUGGGACCGGGACUUAACCGCCUAGCGCACCGCGGCAAUCAGAUCUACGACCCCACUAGGCCAGAAGACUUGCACCGCAUUCGAGUGGAACACAUGGAACGGCAGCUGGCCAACCUCACGGGAUUGGUGCAGAAAGCCCUAGUUAACCAGAACCCCCAGAUCGCUCCUCUGGCAGUGCCCACCCUGGAUCCAAAUUAUCUGGUCGUACCAACGCAGAUGCAAGCCAACGGCUCCGGAGACGAACUGUACAUUCGGGAGAAAGCUCCCAAGCUGGGCAAGAACUCCUGCCAAAAAUCGGUGUCCUUUGAGAAAUCUGUGUCCUUUAGCGAUGACAUACAGGGAAUACCAAAAUCUCACAACCCUCUUCAUACCGCUGACACGAAACCAACCAAGCCGGCAAUCAAGUCGUCCACCCUACCACGCACUUCUUCACAAGAGCGCGACCGCCUAAAGCCUCCUCCGCCGCCCAAGCCCAUCGUUCUGGCUCAGACCACUCACCCCAGCUACCGGGCGGACAUUGCACUGGCCCCCGAGGUGUACAACCACCUGCGCGGUCUGCAGAAGAAGGCGAAGGACCUGCGGAUGGAGGUGCGCACCCUACGGCGCCUCUCCCAGGCCCAGGCGGUCGCCGUACGCGAGGACAUCAAGGGCACUUUUAUGCGCAUUCGCGCCACGCUGCUGGCGAGCAGCGGCAGCUUCUGGGACCACCAGGGCGACCAGGACGCCACUCGAAUUUCGCGCGAGGAGGAGCUCUACAAGCAGGAAGUCAUCCGCCUGGAGAAGGACCUGAGUGACCUGGAGGGGUCCGUGGAGAACCUGCGGGGCGAGGUAAUCAACCGGCGCACCCGCGUCAACAUGACCGCUGUCGAGGACAUGGCUUUGGUGCUGAGUCGGGCUAGCAAAACUGUCGCUGAACUGAAGCUUAAGUUCCCGGCCCUCUCAAACGGCCUCCGCUGCAUCUUGUCCAACGAGAUGGAGAAGGUGGUGCGAGAAGAAAAGUUCCUCAAAGAAGAGCCCGACCGCUUGGAGUCGGCGCUGCGCCGCUGCAAGAAGCUGACUGGCACAUUAGUGACGCUCAAACGCUUAGCCAGUGUGCAGGAGCAACGGCUACCGCCCAACGAGCCAACUAUUAGUGAGGAGCCACCGCGGUCCGCGGACAUCUCGGCACCCGACAAGCCAAUCGCAACACCCAGGAUGGGGUCGUUCGCUCUCAGCGGGGGACUCGCACCCGAAAACGCACUCGAUGCUCUGCUAGAUGAGCUCAAGACAUUCUCCAAGCCCAUUGCCCAACAACAGCAGCAGCAGCAACAACAGCAGCCACACCAGCAACUAUACGAGAUUCGGCCCGAAGAUUCGGCAUCCGAUGAGAGCGCACAGGCCGCAGUACAAAGCACCGUCACCACGCAAAUAUCGCAGGCCCGUCUGUACACGGAGGCGAGCGUCAACAUGCAGCAGGCGAUCACCGGCAGCAUGGUCAUCGCUGUCGCCUCGGGCAGCGUGCCAGCUCAAGCCCUGCGCGGCGUGCUAACCCACCAGCACUCACAGUCGCAGCAGUCCUAUCAGUCUCAGUCUCAGCCUCAGCCUCAGCCGCAGCUGAUGGUGCACACCAACAUGGGCAGCCUGCGUCGCCUGCACUCUUACCCCAGCGAGUCGGACUCCGAGCUGCCUGGGCCGCCGACUGGUUCGCGGGCCAGCGAGAUGGUCCUGGCCAACGGUGGCGGCAGCAGCAGCAAGCCUCCCGUGCCCGAGCGAAACGCUGAACUGAUCACCAAGGUGGGCCACAAGCGCAUACCGCCACCUCCGCCGCCACGCACCAGCUCACGUAGUCCACUGGCCAGUCCAACCAGCCCAAACAUGCCACAGAACCUAGCUGCCGCAGCCACAACCACAGCCACAAUCAAUGUCAAUGUCAACGUCAAUUCGAAUGAAAAUACCACUGGAAACAGCGUGAUGGCUGACCCCGUCGUGGCUAGCGGCGACACCUCCAGUGGGGACAACUCGAGCGGCAACGAGUCGGGCAACGACCACGUCCAGCGUCAGGUGGCCCUCGAGAUGCGCCACCAGGAGCUGCUCAAGAAGCAGAAGCUGCUGCAGGAGCAGUACCAACGCCUGCAGCAGAUGAGCAAGCUUCCGUCGGUGGACGUUCCGCAGACACAAGACAUGGCCGGUGGCAGCAACACGCUUCGCAAGCUGGGUAGCGAGACCAACAUCCAGCAGAAGAUUGCAGCAUUAAGUCUAGCUUGUGAGGCUAGUGGAGCCGCAGCUGCGGCGGCGGCGGCUGCUGCGGCUACCAAUGGUGUGUUGGUCAGUGAUGCUACGAGCGGUGCGGUCGGCGGCGCGCUGGGUGGUGGUGCAGCUGCAGGGGCGGCUGGUGCGGGCGCUGCUGCUGUUCACUCGAAUCUGAAUUUGAACUCCCAACACCAGACAGCCCCGACAACCACCAAACAGCUGUACGAGACCGAGAUACUCUAACACAACUGGAAAUUGGCGUGGAACGAAGCUAAAAUUGACAUUUAAUUGGAGCGGUCAGGCAUCUGACAUUAAAAUGAAAGCUUAGGCAAGUCUAGCCGAAGUCCUUUAUCACCACCCCUAUUAUUAGCGUGAAUUACGACUUCGAUAAGGAAAAAACGUUAAAACUUACAGCCCCUGGUCGCUCCCACCCAGACAUUAUCAACGCUGACAAAACCGUACAGAACCGAUAUGAAUGUAUAUUUACAACGAGUACCAUUUCGUGUGUCCGGGUGGGCAGAGGAUCACAACAUACUUGUAUUUACUAUCAUAUAUUUGUCGUACAUAAAUGUGUAUUUGCACAACUCCAGCAUCCGAUGUUCGUUAGGUGUUGUCUCUAAAAACGCAAUGCAAAUGAUCGGAAACAAAAUGAAAACAAUUAUAGAAUCGAAUCACAAAUCAAAAACCGUUCAUAUGUGUAACACGUAAUCACCAUUUGUGCACACCCAUAACAAGUGGGCAUCGCCCCAUAAAGCAGAUGAAUGUAUUUAUGUAUUCGCUAACAUUGAUGUACUUGUUGCAUGUUGUAUUUUUGUUGUUGUUUCAAUGAAGUUGCACAUAGGUCAAGAGCAGGAGGGGAAGCGAUUAAAGCCCACAAAUAUUGCACAACACUACGACGUAGUCGAAGAUUGAGAAGACUACACAAUGUUUCCCAGCACGAACACCCCCAGCACUAAGGCUCGAUGUAUCCAUCUGAGUAGAUGUGUCAAUGCCCAAGCAGCACCCCUAGUCCAAGGUCUAGGACCCAGGACCUGGCAACUCCACAGCCACACGUAGAACAAACAUUUCUCAGCAUAGCCAAGCACAACGACACUAGGAACACGAACCGAUUUACGAUUAACUAUUAUGCAUAUGUACAGAUCUACGUAUAUGCUGAAAAUAUGUCAUAGAUUUGUAUUAUUACCUUGGUAUGGGACGUGAGACUGAUAGUUCUAUAUAUGUAGCUCACAAUAUAUACAUAUACAAUAUGAAAUGCGAAAACAAAGAUAUUGUACUUAUUUUUGUUAAAAAGGUGAUUAGCUAAUUGUAUUCCCCCACAAAAACACACAAGCAUUCCCUCCUACUCGAAGGAGAGGCUCGUUAUUCUUAAUAGAAAUUUCGGACAGUGUUCGAGACUUUUCGGACUACCGAAGGCAGUAUUACCUACACGGAGCACCUAUCAAAUGGGUAAACGAAAUGCGAUUGCGCGGCUACGUGCAUGCAUAUUUAGCCAUAUGCAUUUAACGCUACAUACGACAUCGAAAGAUGGGCGGCUAGGAACGCCCCCCCAAAACCAUAUCCAUGGGUAGGUCACGGGCAUUGCCUAAAGGCUCAGCGACAUACGGACUCGGACGGAUAGACAAAGCUCCCCGGGAACGUAAUGGGUUUAUUUUCCUCCCAACCCAUUUCGAUCGUGAUGAGGCGUCCGGGAAUUUCGUAGUCAAGAGCUCUUGACUGCAUUUGUUUUUAGCAAAUCCAAAGUUAUCCGAAAAUCGUACACCAGCAUCCCUACCAUGUAAGCAUGUACAUAUAUUCCGAUGUUUGGAAGAAAUAAUGAAAUAAUGUGGAUAGACAACUUGCACACCAAUGCACAGAUAUAGAUUUGUUAAUUUUACUGCUCGGCCAGCAUUACACUUGAGUAUUAAUGGUUAAUUUACUUUUAAAUUUAAAUUAACACACGAACUUAAACAAUUAAACACAAAAACUCAUUCCUUAAAUUGUUCAAGUCUCGAAGUCUGAAUGGGGACUAAAGUUCAGUUCGCUGAUCCUGAUCGAUGUGGGAACGAAGCGAACGUUGAGCGUUUUAACUUAAGAUCUAACACCACACCACACAUAAAAAGUUACAAUAAACAUUUUGGAGUAUAUGUAUCUCUGCUACUCAUAUAUGUAUAAAUGCAGAGUUCUAUUAUAUGCAUAUCCAAUAGCUUAAAUACAACCACAGAAGGUCACCUUCUCAAGGCUUCUGCUGAUCGUAAUUUAUAGCCUAACACGGUUAGCCGUAUUAUUUAUAAGGAGGCCCAGUUUUAAUGCCCAAGAGUCCUGGCCGGUGCAAUAGACUUGAAUUUAAGACUAAAAUUCGAAACACUUAAACCCCUAGGUGCGCGCUCAAUACAUAACAUAUACACAGAAACAAAUAUUUAAUAUUAAGUUAGUAGAUUUGUAUUAUUUAUUUAGUGCCAUUCGACGUAUAUGUACAACAUAUAUUUACAUGCUAAUUCACGCAACGAAUACACAUUUAAAUAAACAUAUUACAUGCAAACGAUGAUAACAAUGCGAACUCAAGAUAUUUAAGUAUAAAGAUAAAUAAGCAGACGUGUCGAAAUCAAUGGCACCCUACAAAUAAUUAUAUUCCUUACAUGGCAUACCACACUCACACUUUUCACAGACACAUUCAGACGCACACGUCCCACUCUCCUACACCUACACAGAUAUUUAGUAUCGCUAACAGGUGGAUACGAUCCAAAAUCCCUGCCCGACUGGGAGAAGGGAGUUGUAAAAUGCAAAACUCUUAAUGAAGCUGCAUUAAAAGAGUUAAAAGUGCAUAUUUUUUUCUUAAUAAUAAUUACUCUAUUUAAAUUACAACAAUCCACAACAAUAAAUAUCAUUCGUAAAAUGAA